AUGUCACGAGCACCGCCAGACGGCCUCAUCGUCUUCGGACCAGAUGCAAACUGUACCCUCGAACUAUGCCCCGUAGAAUGGAGCGUCUACCAAUAUCGGCCCUCGCUCGCCGCGAACAUCGCCUUCAUUGUCCUCUACGCCAUCGCCAUGGGCGCGCACAUGUUCCUAGGGAUUCGCUGGAAACAGUGGUUCUACAUGAGCUUUAUGAUGGUCGGGUGUUUGUUUGAGAUCAUUGGGUAUAUUGGCAGGAUCAUUCUGUACAAGAACCCUUUCAACUUUGGAGGCUUCAUGGUUCAGAUUGUGUUUAUCACAAGUGGUCCUGUGUGGUACACAGCUGCUGUCUACGUUACUUUGUCCAAGAUUAUCAAAUAUCUCGCCCCCGAAGUCUCCCGCUUCAAACCGGAGCUUGUCUGGUGGCUCUUCAUCCCCGCCGACAUCACAUGCCUUGUACUGCAAGCCGCGGGCGGAGCUCUCUCGACCAUCAGCCAAGGCUCGAGUCAGACGGGCAUUGAUGUAGCUUUGGCUGGUCUUUCACUGCAGGUCGUCAUCCUCGUUCUUUUCUGCGCUCUCCUCGGCGACUACCUAUGGCGAUAUUUCCGUAGCGGUGCAGCUGGCGCUAUCGACAACCGCAUGCGCAUCUUCUUUGGCUUUGUGAGCGCCGCUGUUAUUCUCAUUCUUGCUCGAUGCGCGUUCCGAUGUUAUGAGUUGAGCGAGGGAUACCAAGACUCGGAUCUUGUUACGAACGAGGGGCUUUUCAUUGCCCUUGAGGGAGUGCUCGUUGUCAUUGCCGUGUUUUGUCUCUGCAUCGGCCACCCAGGCCCAGUGUUCAACAACACCGUGAGGAAGGUUUCUGAAUCUUCACAAAACGACGUUGAGAAGUAA